AUGGAAGACGACGAAAGAACUACUGAGCUUUCGACCAUCGCCGCAAUUUACCCUGAACUUGUGGUUGAUGAUCAGGAUCCAUACAGUGCCACUCUCGAUCUCUCCGUCACGCCAGUCCAACCUCUGCGCGUUGUCUUCAAACCCUCGGCGGACGGUGCGCCACCCUUUCUUGCCACACCACCUACCUCUCCUGAGCAAAGUCAGAGUGAUGGCGAUGCGAAGUCAGAGUCCCAACACCCUGUCCUCCCCUUGGAUGCGCACGAACUGUUCCAUCUGCCCCCACUGUCACUCCGAAUCUCGUUGCCAACGGGCUAUCCAGCCAACGAGCCUCCGAUCAUCUCGCUGUCGGUCACGCCUCAAUGGCUGCCCCAAACCGUUCUGAGACGGCUCAAGGAUGAGUGUGCUAGACUGUGGGAAGAGCUGGGAAGAGACCAGGUUGUCUAUGCCUACAUCGACCAUAUUCAGCAAGAGGCGGAACAAGCUUUUGGUUUUGCGGGCGAGACAGAAGUUCAAUUGUCUAGCACUCUGAAAUUGGCAUUGCUAAAUUUCGACCUCAAGACCAAGCGCGAACUUUUCGAAAAAGAGACGUUCGAUUGCGGAAUUUGUCUCGAGCCGAAAAAAGGUGUUCUUUGCCACCGGCUCACGUUGUGUGGGCACGUCUUCUGCAUCGAAUGCUUGCAGGAGUUCUACAAGAGUUGCAUAACAGAGGGAGACAUUGAUAGUGUCAAGUGCCUCGCCCCGAAUUGCUCCAAAGAUGAGCCUGUACAAGCGGGCGCGAAUGGCAGACCCUCGAAGAGGCGGAAACACGAUCGAACACUCAGCCCCACCGAACUUUUACAAAUCCCCAUUGAACAAGAACUCGUCCUUCGUUAUUUACGACUCAAGAGAAAGAAGCGACUGGAAAUAGACAAAAACACAACCUAUUGUCCCCGACAAUGGUGCCAGGGAGCCGCCAAGUCCAAAAAGCAUCCCAAACCGCUUGACCCAAUGAACGACCUUGAGGAAACCUCCGAAUCAGAGGAGGAAGAAGAAGAGAAACCAGAGUCGUCGGGGCACAAGAACGACGAGAAAAUCGACCCAGAGAGUCUUCCCAUGUCCGAACGCCUGGCGGUCUGCGAAGACUGCGAUUUUGCAUUCUGCCGUGUCUGCCUGAAAGGGUGGCACGGCGUGCUUGCGAGAUGCAGUCCUCGCCGAGAAAGGGAGCUCGACGAGGAAGAAAAGGCAACCCAGGCAUAUUUGAAGAAAUAUUCCACACCUUGUCCGGAGUGCAACACACCCGCGCAGAAGAUCAUGGGAUGUAAUCACAUGACUUGCUUCAAGUGCAAAAGCCAUUUCUGCUACCUAUGUGCGGCGUACCUUAUGCCUGACAACCCUUACAGCCACUACAAUGAUCCAAAGAGCAGCUGCCAUAUGCGUCUGUGGGUGCUCGAAGAAGGAGAUGGUGAAGGCGUCCACCAUCCUGAUCUUGCGCAGUGGGACGAGAUUGAUGAUGCAGACGAGGAUUCAGACGACGAAGAGCUACCACCUGAGAACUUUGCCGCCUUUCAAGGAGACCAUGGACGACUCUUUGCCGACGAAGAGGACACAGAUGACGAGGAGCCAGCACCUGACCAACGACGCAACCGGCCGAUGCACAUCGAAAUCGUAAAUUUUGCGCGACCUGGAGCACAUAAUCCUCAGCGAAUAGAACUUCCUGAACGACCUCGAGAGAUCGGAGCACCUGUACCACCGCAAGCGCCGCAUCCCCCUAGAGCCAGGCCUCGACGAAGAGGCGGUGGUCAGCAAGCCAACCGUCAACGUGCGAUGGCGAACGAACCUGCACGCGCAGGUCAGGCUCGAGGGCAAGCUCGGGGUCGGGUCCGUCCUCCUGCCGCACUGCCAGCUCAACACGUACGAGCAGUCGACGAUCGGCAGAAUGGCCUCAACCAGCACAUUGGCGGAGUUGUACAUGCUCUGCCAGACGGCAACGGCAAUGGAAACGAUGAUGCUGCGGCUCCUCCUCCGGCCCAGCUUCCGCUUGCGGCUCCUGGUCAAGGAAACCACCCGGAUGCCGCGCAUGGCGCGCAAGCAGGUGCUGUCCGUGCGAUGGGUUUGGAAAGAUUUCUGCAACUAGCACAGCAAGACCAGGAGGAUGAGUGGGACUCGGAUGAGUUGGAGGAAGAUGAUUUUCGAGGCAUAGAGCACGAGCAUGAGCCCCGGCGUCGAGGACGGGAGCGGGUCAUGGGCUGGCGGCCCUAA